ACGAACCGCAGAUCCAUUCUAAGUCAAGAGAGAAGUCCUCUCUCAAGCAAUGAGCGGCUUUUUUCGCCGUCGCCGUCGAGCUAAAGAACCUGCUCCCCCGCAGAACUACACUGUCACGCUCCAUGCCAUUGGCGACAAUGUCCAGGACGUUGACUUUCGAGGGGGCGCUACCGUCCAGGCCAGGCGCAUUGGACUUGUCGGCUUUGUCAGGCACAUGAAUGACGGCUCGGUUGAGGUGCUGGUCCAGGGAACGAGGGCACAGAUUGAAGAAAUGAGGGCUUGGUGCCGUACAGGGCCACCGGGUGCCAAUGUGUCCAGCGUUAUCGAAGCGAGAGCCAUGAGUGAAAUAACAGAGUUCAAUUAUCCCGAUUUUCGUUCGAUGAGGCAUAUCGGCCCGUAA